ACGUCUCCGCCGUCGUGCGUGCAGCUCCGCGAAGGGGUCGGGCCUGCGCUUUCUCCGCCUUCCUCCCCGCCUCCCGCUGCCGGCGAGACCCGUCUCCCGCUGUCCGGGACCCCGUGUCAUCGUCCGCCCCAAGCACGAUGCCCCCCAAAAAGGGAGGUGAUGGAAUUAAGCCACCUCCAAUCAUUGGAAGAUUUGGAACCUCACUGAAAAUUGGUAUUGUUGGAUUGCCAAAUGUUGGGUGCUUUUGAAGAUGAUGAUAUCACGCAUGUUGAAGGAAGUGUAGAUCCCAUUCGAGAUAUAGAAAUAAUACAUGAAGAACUUCAGCUUAAAGACGAGGAAAUGAUUGGGCCCAUUAUAGAUAAACUAGAAAAGGUGGCUGUGAGAGGAGGCGAUAAAAAACUAAAACCUGAAUAUGACAUAAUGUGCAAGGUCAAAUCCUGGGUUAUAGAUCAAAAGAAACCUGUCCGCUUCUAUCAUGAUUGGAAUGACAAAGAGAUUGAAGUGUUGAAUAAAUACUUAUUUUUGACUUCAAAACCAAUGGUCUACUUGGUCAAUCUUUCUGAAAAAGACUACAUUAGGAAGAAAAACAAAUGGUUGAUAAAAAUUAAAGAGUGGGUGGACAAGUAUGACCCAGGUGCCUUGGUCAUUCCUUUUAGUGGGGCUUUGGAACUCAAGUUGCAAGAAUUGAGUGCUGAGGAGAGACAGAAGUAUCUGGAAGCGAACAUGACACAAAGUGCUUUGCCAAAGAUCAUUAAGGCUGGGUUUGCAGCACUCCAACUAGAAUACUUUUUCACUGCAGGCCCAGAUGAAGUGCGUGCAUGGACCAUCAGGAAAGGGACGAAGGCUCCUCAAGCUGCAGGAAAGAUUCACACGGAUUUCGAGAAAGGGUUCAUUAUGGCUGAAGUAAUGAAAUACGAAGAUUUUAAAGAGGAAGGCUCUGAAAAUGCAGUCAAGGCUGCUGGAAAGUACAGACAACAAGGCAGAAAUUAUAUUGUUGAAGAUGGAGAUAUUAUCUUCUUCAAAUUUAAUACUCCUCAGCAACCAAAAAAGAAAUAAUAUUUAAUUAUGCUCAGAUAAACUGACAACUUCCAAAGUCACAUGAUUUUGUUUUUUUUUUUAAUUAAAAUAUCUGAAAACUGAAGGGACAAAUAAAGUUGGGGAAAUGGGAAUCUUCUACAAACAAAUUAUUUUUAUUUGUUUUAAAAUUAUAAAAUAUUGUGUACCUCCAAUGAAAUGUGAACAGCUUUGCUUUUCACGUGACUAAGACCCUACUCCAAAUUGUAGAAGCUUUUCAGGAACCAUAUUACUCUCAUGAUACUUCAUUAAUCUCCAUCAUGUAUGCCAAGCCUGACAAAUUUGACAGUGAGGACAAUGUGGCUUGCUCCUUUUUGAAUCUACAGAUAAUGCAUGUUUUACAGUACUCCAGAUGUCUACACUCAAUAAAACAUUUGACAAAACCAGCCUUGGUGUG